CGUUCCAAUGUAGAUUGUCCCACUACCCGAUUCGUAGGUCUGUUUCCGGAAGUCCUGUUGUUUUGUGGAUGCUUUUUGUGUUGACUCUGUAGCUAGUUAGCUAACUACCAUAACCUUGUUUUCUCUCAAUACCUCUGGUAUUUAUAUUUAUUCGAAUAGCUUCAUAUACAGUAAAUGCUACAACUUAAAUCUCGAUAUGAUAAAAAAUGUAUUAGGACCGCCAUGGAGAGAGACAGUAGCUAGCCUGCUAACGUAAGCUAGAUAGCUUCCUAGCCUUUUGCUAGACUGGAUCGUAACACUGACUCACCUGAACAAAAGUAGCUAAACGUUACCAACUCUUAACUGUAGCUAGCUACACAUAGACAGUUUGCUAUGAUGUCUGAAGCCAUCGUAACCUUCCAGUCUCAGCUCUCCGGAGUCAUGGAGACGGUAUUCAAGGCUGCUAUGUACGAGAUCACCAGGCUGGUGGAGGAUAGCUUCCUCAAGGAGGUGUCCCGGAGUCGGGAGCAGGUCGAGUCACUGAAGAAGCGGCUGCAGUUGUCGGAGAACAGACGUAGGGAUGGGGACAGAGAGGUCGGCCGUACGGGGAAGUGUGCGGACUGUGGGAGAGUUGACGAGGAAACCGAGGAGAGAAGCUCUGGAACCUCACAGACAGGUGUGGAGAGGGGGCGUGGCCUGAAGCAGGAGAAGGUACAAGGGGAGGAGUGGAGCAGCUGUGGGGGCGUGGCCAGGGAAACAACCUUCAAUGAUCUGGAGGAGGCUGAGGCCACCAGCCCUAGGAGAAUCUCUGAGUCCACAGAGGUCGGAGGUCAGAAGUUGGACAGUCUGCUGAAAGAGGAGGCUCUCCACAACACUGAGCUACAGGAGAGAUGGGAGUUCUGCCUGGAUGGGGCCGAUGGUUCAGACGUCUCGGGGCCCAGUAAGAGUUUUAUUCAGCAGGAUCUACAGCGGUGCCAGGAUGACUGGGCUUCUGGUCUAGACCAGGGGCCUGAACCACCAGGCCCCGAGGGAGAGCCAGAGGACCCCACCGACCCUCUCUACCGCCCUCGUUACAGCAUGGAGGACCUUGGGGGGAGCCUUUGA